CCAGCAGCUCCGUCCCUCGCUCGACCUCGCUCGGCUGGUCCAUAAAUUUCUUCCUUUCCACUCUCUUUUCUCUAUUCUUCAUUUCCAGCCAACCACUGGAAUCCCCAUCCCAAGAUGCGAGGCACGCUGGUAUUCUCGGGCACGUCGUGUCCCGCUCUGACGGGCAAGAUAUGCGAGAACCUGGGAAUGACGCCGGCUUCCGCUGACCUGUCUCAAUUCUCCAAUGGCGAAACCAGUGUUCGCAUCCUGACCAGCGUCCGCGACAAGGAUGUCUUCAUCAUCCAAUCCGGCAGUCCUACCAUCAAUGACACCAUCAUGGAGCUACUCAUCAUGAUCUCGGCAUGCAAGGGAGGCUCUGCCAACAAGAUUACUGCCGUCCUACCGUAUUUCCCUUAUAGUAGGCAAUCCAAGAAAAAAUCCCACCGCGGCGCCAUCACCGCCCGUAUGCUCGCGAACCUUCUCCACGUCGCCGGCGUUAAGCAUGUCGUGACUGUCGAUCUCCACGCUUCACAGAUGCAGGGCUUCUUUAAGUGUCCCGUCGACAAUCUCCAUGCCGAGCCUCUGAUUGCCCGCUGGGUGCGACUCAACGUCCCGAACUGGAAAGAGGCAGUCGUUGUGUCCAAGAACCCUGGUGGAACUAAGAGAGUUACUUCACUUGCCGAUGCCCUGAAGCUCAAUUUUGGUCUGGUCACCACUGACCGCAAACGCGCGACUAACAUGACCGCGAGUAUGAUCAUGAGACAACUCGAUGGCUGGGACCAAGGCACGACAUAUGUUAAUGGCGUUCGUCGGACCCCUACCAAUAACUCUGAUGAGCGUGACUCGGAUGGCUACGUUAAUAACUCGGUAACCUCGUCUCGUAUCGUGACAGAUUCCCAAGGCUCUCCCAGGCGAGUUGCUGGUCCACCGUUGCGCAUUAACAGUGCAUCGCGAUCUCCAUACACCCGUGCCUUUCAUGGAUCUUCUCAAGCUUCGCAGGCUUCCCCUAUUGAGGAAUUGCGCGACGAAGAGGAGGAAGAGGAUGCACAGGAGUAUAACGACGAACGUGCCCAAGAGGUCACGCACGGCCGACUUGUCCAAGGUCAUGUAGUCCCUGAUGACUUCGUCUCCCCAGCCCAGUCAGAUGGCGAUGGCAGUCAAUCCGGCCAAGCUGCCGACGAAGACCCCAUGACUAUGUCUCGUGCAUCAUCCUUCUUUGCAGCCGAGCCGCAUGCGCUUGGCGGAUCGGGCGAUGCUGGAGACUCAUCCGAUGAAGAAGAAGAGAAACUUCAAGAUCCUAAAGUCGAGCAUAUGAUCACGCUGGUCGGCAACGUUAAGAACCGCGCCGUCCUGAUCGUAGAUGACAUGAUCGACAAAGCUGGAUCCUGGAUCGCCGCAGCCGAGACUGUUGUCAAGCGCGGCGGGGCCAAGAAGGUCUACUGCAUGGCUACUCAUGGUGUAUUUGGAGCCGAUUGUUUGGAGCAGCUCCAAGCCUGUGACUGCAUUCACCAGAUUAUUGUCACUAACAGCUUCCCCAUCCCUGAUAAUCGAGCUAAGAACGCGAGUAAGUUGGUGAUCCUAGAUCUUUCGUAUCUCCUAUCCGAAGCGAUUCGGCGCAAUCAUUAUGGCGAGUCCAUCUCGCCUUUAUUCCAACAUAUGUUGGAUUGAAGCAGAUGACGCGAGUAUUUCACUUAGACAAGAGUGAUAAACAAAAACAUCGGUGCUGUUUUGACGCGGCUUCUGUUGUUGUACAUUAUGAGAUAUGAGAGCAAGGGCUUCUUUUUUUUUUCCCCUCUCGGUUUAUUAACUAGCAUGGCGU